ACAGACCACACUCUGAGACAAAGACCUUCACAAUUCGUCACAUACAUAAUACCGCACGAGCUCUACGUCUUACUAGUGCCGGUAUUACCCUUCGAAGUUCCGAAGUUGAACGAACUGAAUCAACUGAUUACGCUCAAAUUCUCCCGAAUUUGUGAAACCAUGCUUGCGAAGUCCAUUAUCAACAUUGGGGCAUCCAGUUUUUCGUGACGGGACACCUUGGGACAUACUGAGUCUGAAACUCGAUUGUUAUGGAUGUUGGAGUCCGACGCACAGGACCCUCGGCGGAUGAUAGAUGAUACGUGUCUAGAUCAUCAUCAUUUUCAUUAUGAAGAUAUCAAACUGGCGACUUACAGAGUUACUGGCACCCCUCUCACAUCUCACUAUGGACUCUGCAGCAACGCUCGUCAAUCCCGCCCCGCCCACAUCCUACUUCAUGACCACCACUAAUCUAAAGAAUGCCACAAUUUACGCGCACCCGGCUGUGCCACUGUACACGAUCACCAGCGAUGGGAAACAAACAAAAAUCAACGACCGCCGUACUCCUGGGCGGACCGUUGCCAUUUUUCACCGGCGAGAAAUUCUCCCAAAUACCGUUUCAUUUCCAGAACGGAGUGGUGGUGCACCGAUCAGCGUGCAAAAAUGGCUCCGAAAAACCAAACUUGCAGACGGAACAACCGCUUUUGUUAUGGUGACCGAUUACGGUCCAUACGUGUGGAAGGUGAUUUCAAGCCACCGUCAGAAGGUUUACGCUCAGUGUGAUUUGGAUAGACCAAUAGCAUCGUGUUCAUUGCAUGCCACUCUGUCAAAUGGAAACCCGGCAUUUUUACUGGAGUAUGAUGCGGAACCUUUACGAGAAGAUAUUCUAGUGGCUUAUCUACUCCAGAGGCAACGAGUAAUGUCAGAGGAUAGGCUUAUCGACGUUUUUGUGGGAUCCCCAGCGUAGACAAGACCUCGUGGACAUUAUUAUAGGAUUUAGGAUGUCUCGAAAGUACAGUUUGCUUAUUUCACUAGGGAUUUACUUAUGUCGCAUAUAAUUCAGUUUUUCUACCGCUGA